CGCGGUGGGGUUGGCGGGCGGGCUGAGGCUGCCGCAGUUACCAAGGGAGACGGGCGAAGCUGUGGAGGGGAGAGAGGGACACCGAGAGAUGGGACACCGAGCGGGGCGGCCGCGGCCAGCAGGGCGGUCCGUGCAGUGAAGAUGGCCGAAUGGAGUGUCUGGAGAAGAGUGGUCUGAAGUGGUGCAGGAUGGAUGUGUUAAGCCCACGAAGAAGGUGACAUCUUCACUAGUGCUUGUGCAUUGCGUGUAGCCGAUUGGUCUUGAGCCAGAGUAAGGAGGGAAUGCCUGCUGUAAGUCACGUACCAGAGGAUUCUUCCACUUCCUCAGAUGGGGAGGAGCAAGAGGAGCACCCGUGCCUUCGGUGGGCAGGCAGCAAUGGAAUGGUACCCACCCUGGUUUUCUAUGCAAAUGGUAUUGUGACAAAAGACAGCAACUUGCGCGUAAUUGGAGAGCGCUAUCACUUGGCGUAUAAGAUUGUGCGCACUGAGAGUAGACUGGUGCGCAGCAUUUUGACAGUCCAUGGCUUCCAUGAGGUCCAUCCCAACAGUAAUGAUUUCAACUUGAUGUGGACUGGUUCCCAUCUGAAACCCUAUUUAUUACGCACACUACUGGAGUUUCAGAAAGUCAACCACUUUCCCAGAUCCUAUGAGUUGACCAGGAAGGAUCGGCUGUAUAAAAAUAUCCAACGCAUGCAACAGACUCAUGGUUUCAAACACUUCAACAUUAUACCUCAGGCCUUUAUCCUCCCUUCUGAGUAUCAGGAAUUAUGGAAUGCACAUUCGAAGGAUAAAGGACCAUGGAUUGUCAAACCUGUGGCAUCUUCCAGGGGUCGUGGCGUCUACCUUGUCAGCAGUCCAAGCCAAAUUACAACAGACGAGAGUAUCCUAGUUUCACGUUACAUCCGCUCCCCCCUACUGAUAGAUGACUUCAAGUUUGAUGUGCGAUUAUAUGUCCUGGUAACCUCUUAUGACCCUCUGGUGGUGUAUCUCUAUGAAGAGGGGCUGACAAGGUUUGCUACUGUGAAAUAUGAUCGAGGAACAAGGAAUAUCAAGAAUCAGUUCAUGCAUCUGACCAACUACAGUAUCAACAAGAAAAGCCGUGACUAUGUCAGCUGUGAUGACCCAGAAGUGGAGGAUUACGGGAACAAGUGGAGCAUGAGUGCCAUGCUGCGGUACCUGAAGCAGGAAGGAGUGGACACGGCCACUUUGAUGGCUCAGAUUGAGGACCUCAUCAUCAAGGCACUCAUCUCAGCAGAGCUCCACAUCGCCUCUGCCACCAAGAUGUUCGUGCCCCACAAAGGCAACUGCUUUGAGCUGUAUGGUUUUGAUGUCCUAAUUGACUCCAACCUCAAACCCUGGCUGCUGGAAGUCAAUCUUUCUCCUUCUCUGGCCUGUGAUGCGCCUUUGGAUCUGAAGAUUAAAGCAAGCUUACUGACGGAUAUGUUUACAUUAGUGGGAUUUGUCUGUCACAACCCAAUAGUACGACAAGGCAGACAGGGGAAGACUGGUUGCGAUAUUGCUGCUCGGCCUCAGAAUCACAAACAGCGGCAGCUGCGGCCCGUGUCAGCAAACAACAUCGAGGUUAAAAGCAGGACUUCCUCUGGCAAGGAGAGACCACGCGAAGGACAAGGAUUAAGCACUUUGAGACUGACCAUGGAGGAGAUAAAAGUUGUGCGCCGUACGGUGGAAGAGAAUGAGAGAAAAGGUGGAUUCAUACGGAUCUUUCCAACAGCUGAUAGCUGGGAGUUUUAUGGGCAAUUCAUGGAGCAUAAAACCACUCUGAACUACGUGCUGGCAGUGCGUCUAUUCACAGGCAAACAAGGGGCAAGGAGGCCUGCUGCUUUGGCAAGAGCUCGCAAUGGUGUGACACAAAGCAGCCAGACCCACUGUAGACAGGAGGUGCUCCAGGUGCAAUCUCAGAAACACCUCCAGCAGUACGAGAGGAAACUCCUGUCACUGGAAGCAAGGAGACAGAAGCAGCACCAAGUGACCUUGCAAACAUCUAAGAGUAAAGGCACAGAGUCUUCACACACAGUUCCAGUUGCUUCAUCGUGUGGUUCAGGGUGUGAUGUUGGGGAAGAGGAGGAAGCUACAAAUGAGGAGGAAGAGUCUGAAGCAGAAGUUUCUUCACUUGUUUGCAAUCCCGAAGGUUUGGAGAAGGCACCCAUAUCACAAAGAGUCAAUGAUGAGAAGCAGCAGAAAGCUCUUAAGCAGGAGGUAGUUACCAAACGAGAACUCAGCAGUGGCCAGGCAUGGACACAGACCAAAGAGGAACGAAACAAGGAGCAACCAAGGGCCAACCUUCUUCAGAUGUUACAGCAAGGGGGCAAUCUAAGCAAGGUGCAGGCACGCUUAGCCUUUGCUGCUUACCUGCACCGGGUGCAGCUUCGUCUGCUGAGGGAGUGUUGUGGCCAGAAUAAAAUCACCGUGCAGUCUGAGCAGGAGGAGGAGCAAAUGGAGCUGGUGAUCAGAUUCCUGAAGCGAGCAGCCAGCAACUUCCAGCAAACUGUGCCAAUGGCUGUACCCAGCAGUCUACUCCCGGUUUCUGAGCGUAGACGCAUUCUGGCUCAACAGCUAGGGGUCUUCAUCCGUUGUUACAGUAAGGAAACAGAUCAAAUAAUUAAGAGGAACCAGAUGGAUUUGGAUCUGGAGACCUGCAUCCAACAGGAAGAAUUCCAAGUAUUUGUCAGUAAAGCCAGCGAGACUGAGCUGGAAGAACUGCUCACGAUCUACACACGCAAGAACAAAUCAGCCAGCGUCUUCCUUGGGACUCAAACCAGAAACAGGAACCAGAGCACUAGCACAGAGGAAGCCAAUGGCAAACCCACGAGGAGUAGGCAGCUACAGUGUGAAACCUCCUGCAGUGUUCCAGUGAAACCCAAUGCAACCUCUGAGAACGUACCUCAUCUUUCAAUUAGAGGGCUGGCUAUGCCCAAGGAGGGAGAUUCAAGUGCCUCUGACGGUUCAGGUGAUGGCAGCUCUUCCACUCAUCACAUCUAUCCUGCACGUACCACCUUACAGUCUGCAGGCAGCCUGCCCCUGCCACGUUCCCUGGCCUCCUGCACAAUCCCAGCUCAGGAUCUGAUCUCCCCAGAGGCCGAGACAGUAAGCAGGGCUGGAUCAGCGGCUUACAGGGUGGGCUCCACAACCCCAACAUCUCAUCAGCCACAGCCUCUGGGAAAGGUCCAGCGGCCCAGCUCCCACAACCUCUCUUUUGUCCCUGCAUCUUCCUUGCAGGCAGCAGCUCAGAUCUACAGCCAGAAACUCUCACGGCCAAGCUCAGCAACAGCAGGCUCGGGAGCCCGAUGUACCCAGCGGCAGCGACCGGUCACAGCUGGUGUGGGGGAAGGGAGUCACCGUCCCACUCUCUUUGAAGAUUUGAACAAUGACACCAUCUCCAUCGUGCUCCAGCGCCUGGCAGCCAAGCAGAACCCUCGGCAGUACUCAUCGUCCUGUCACGUCAGCCUCCUGACGCAGCAUUUAUCCAACAUGAACCUGGCGAGUGGAGCACUGAGCAGAGGAAAUGUGUUCAUGACUCCAGCUAUCCAUUCGCCAAUCAGUAACUUGGGCCUGGCACGGACUUCCCACUCUGAUCUGCAGGCAGCUAACUCUGGAUGUGUCGACAGAACCACCUCUGUAGCCUCCUGCAGCCCGACGGAUGGUGUGUACCCAGAGCACAGGCAGCCCUUCCACGACGCACUGCAGCAGCUGCGACAGCAACAUCAGCUCUCCCGCCAGCUGCUGCAGAGCAGCCGAGCGCGGCACCAGGCCAUCUUGGCAGAGAGCCACCUUCAGACCUUGGAUCCCAGUACCCAAGGGGCAGCUCCAUUCACCACCUGCACUCAAACGUCACCGACCAGCAACCAGUGGCCAGUGCUGCAGCAGAAGCUGGGAGCCUCUCAGGGCAGCCCACCGCUCCUCCCGAGACCACCACCGACAAGCAAACAGGGGACUGCCAGAAAGGCAGGCAUGCAGAGAGUACCCAGAGUGACUGCCUUUGACGGCCAUCAUCUGGGAACUCCAAGCACAUUCUCGGCCAAAUCACCCCUCUCCAGCAGCACAGCUGAGACCUCGGCAAACCCAGCAGGGAACUGGAGUGAGCGGACAGCUGAUCCCUCCAGACUGACCCAUCCCACUGACCCCACCAGACCAGUCCCCACUGACCCCUCCCACUGACCCACCAGACCAGUCCCCACUGACCC